AUGGCUCUGCCCGACGAUGAUGGUCAAGAGAUGCUUGCAAUUAUGCGAGGUAGUGUCUUCUUAACACUCAACCUCCUUCCAACAAUCCAGGACGUUGACAGUACUUCACAACCCCUGAUUACAACUGUGGAGGACAGACUGAUUGCUCUACUCUUCACUAUUGGUGAUUUGAUGGUGAUUCUCGACUCCCUGCUGCAGGCUCAUCUUGCCACACGUGAAACAGCUGAAGUGGGUCAAAAGGCGCCAAGUCUAAUGGAUUCUAUGGUAACUUGUCGAAUGACUAAAAGAAACACUCAAAGAGGGAUGCAUGCUGAUGACAGUUUGGGCGCCUGA